UCUGAAAUAAAUGAUACUCUCUUCACAUCAUUUAUUGAGCUGAGUGUAUCCUAUUUAAUGCUUGAUUUGUGCUUGUUUUUACCCUGCUAGUCUAUCAGCAGCCAUUUGUUCUUUUGCUGGUCCUUCCCAUCCCACACAGACACACACAAGACUGAAUGUUUUUCAGCAAUGCAAUCCUGUGCUUCACUUCCUCUUCUAUCCAAAUCUGAUCAUUUUCCUCCUGUCCUAAGUCCCUGUCCACUUGUCUUCAUUCUCUAUCAAACAUAAGAGAGACCGAUUACCAUUAGCUGAAUGUUGACCAGUAAUGCCUUGCUGCUGUGUGAUUUGAGGUUGAACAGAACAUGUGCAGGUUGUAGAUGGAGACAGACUGAUAGACAGAUAAAACUAGUUCGAACUUAACAUCCCAUUACAUCGCUUUCUGUUUUACCUCUGUCACACUUUCCUCCUUUUUCUGUUUUUCUUUGAAGCUUUGUCUCAUAUUCUCACUGCAUUGUCACUGCUGCUCUUUUCUCAAUUAGCCUCUUUACAUACGGACAUCUUCCUGAAAUUGCCUGUGCACUAAAGCAUAAGGUGAAAAAUUAUGUCUGGUAGCGUAGGCCCAAACCAGCUACUUUAGUCUCAUCGCCCACCUCCUUCUUGUGGACAGAUAAAGAGGCUUAAUCAGUCCCUCUUUCUUCAGUGAGUGGGAUGUCGUCAUGAAGGAAUAUGAAGCACCACUCUUUUUGCUCUGUCUUUGCUUUUGUGUCUCAACUCUGCUCCUCUGUAAAACAUCUCCACUACAGUCUAGAAAUUAUGUGUUACAGAAAAGAGUUAAUUAGAAAGUGCAGUAAGAGACAGAGAGGAAACGAGGAGGCAGUUUCUUUUAAGCCAGGGCCGCCAGCGAGGACUGUAGCCUCAACAGACUAAGAAGAGAAAAGCUAAGAGCGGGCUGGCAAGCUGAUGAUCAUGACUGGCUAAAUUAAGCAAAGGCAUAGAGUGAAAGAAAGAAGAAGAAGGAAGGCAAGCAAGGAGGGAAGAAGAAGAAGAGUAGGCACACACACACUGCUGCCCAUCUCCUCAUCUCCAAGGCAACAGUAUUCCCAUACUUGCAGACUUCUAGAAGGAGACAUCGGCAAACUGUAUCAAGUGUUUUAGAUGAAGGGAAGAGACACUCGGAUGGAAAAAGGCGAUUGAAAGAACAUCCCCUUCACCCCUCCAUUCAUCAUCUUUCAGUUUCUCUUAUUACAUGCAGUGCUGACAUAUUGAGUACAUUCAAAAGCAGUCUUAGUCUUUUUAACAGCCACCUCUAACCACAGUGACAUUUGCCCCCCUCCAUCAUCGCCUUACCUACUCAUCCCUCUACCUGGUGACCCCUAUUCAGCCUUCUGCGUGUGACUUUGUCUGUCUACAUCCCUUCAUCCGAGGCUAUGAGAGGAGGAUCUGAAUCUCAGAGCACUCCAUCAUGCCAGUUCUGAAGAGUAGAGAAGAGAUCCGGGCUGGCCAUGUUAAAGGGACGGCAUUUAUACUCCUCCACAAUGCUUGUCAGCCUCCACUCUGGUCCCUCCCAUCUUCAGGACAAGCGCUUAGUUUCCCCCUCCUCCUCCCUUUGUCAUCCCUCUACUCCUCCAGACCAGUCAUUGCAUCAUCCUUAUCUUCAGCCUCGGCUGACCCUACCUUUCCUCUCUUUAUCCUUUUUUCUACUUCUCCUCUCCAUUGUCCUCUUGCCUGUCUGCGAGUCCCGCAGGGGUGGAGGUUCAGGAACAGGGCCUGGAGGAUCUCCUGGGGGACAGGGAGGCCAAAGAGGAGGCAGCACUCAGAGGGGCGUUGCCAUCCCCCCUUAUUACUCUCCUGGCCCCCCAGCCUUACCCCCUAUCAAUCCCAAACUGAUCAACUCACUCAGCAUUGCUGUCAUCCUGGUGGGCAACUCUAGUGAAGUAGCCCUGGGGGCUGGACUUGAGAAGGAGGACUUUGUCCACAUCCCUUUUCCUCCCAAAGUUGAGGUGGUCACCAUGAACGAGACUGAUCCAAAGAGUAUUAUCAAUCGGAUUUGUACACAAAUGACAAGGAACUCACUGCAAGGUGUGGUGUUCGGUGACGACACAGACCAGGAGGCCAUCGCCCAGAUUCUGGACUUCAUCUCUGCCCAAACACAUAUCCCCAUCCUGGGCAUCAGAGGAGGGUCCGCCAUGGUCAUGGCUGCUACGGACGACCACUCGAUGUUUUUCCAGUUUGGCCCAUCCAUCGAGCAGCAGGCGUCUGUUAUGUUGAACAUUAUGGAGGAGUAUGACUGGUACAUUUUCUCCAUAGUCACCACAUACUACCCCGGUUACCAGGACUUUGUCAACAAGGUCCGCAGCACCAUCGAGAAUAGUUUUGUAGGCUGGGAGUUAGAAGAAGUCAUCUUACUGGACAUGUCAGUGGAUGAUGGCGAUUCCAAGAUCCAGAACCAGAUGAAGAAACUGCAAAGUCCUGUCAUUCUGCUCUACUGCACAAAAGAGGAAGCCACCACUAUUUUUGAGGUGGCCCACUCUGUAGGCCUCACGGGUUACGGCUACACCUGGAUCGUGCCCUCGCUGGUGGCCGGUGAUGCAGACCAUGUUCCUUCUGUCUUCCCAACAGGGCUUAUCUCGGUAUCAUAUGACGAAUGGGACUACAACAUUGAAGCCAGGGUACGUGAUGCAGUGGCUGUCAUUGCCACGGCAACCUCCACCAUGAUACUGGACCGGGGACCACACACCCUGCUGAAGUCAAGCUGCCUCGGGACACCUGACAAAAAGAACUCCAACACUGGUCACUCCAAGGAAAUACUGAAGUACCUUAUGAAUGUAACAUUUGAAGGUCGCAACUUGUCAUUUAGUGAAGAAGGCCACCAGAUGUUUCCCAAGUUGGUCAUCAUUCUUCUGGACAAAGAUAGACAGUGGGACAGGGUUGGCAAGUGGGAAAGAGGCUCAUUGACGAUGAGGUACCAUGUGUGGCCACGCUUUGAGCUAUACUCCACAGAAGAGGAACGGGAGGACCACCUGUCGAUUGUGACUCUAGAAGAGGCACCGUUUGUCAUUGUGGAGGAUGUGGACCCACUCAGUGGAACCUGCAUGAGGAACACCGUGCCAUGCCGCAAACAGCUCAAACUCAACAAUCAAACAGGAGAUUCAGGAAUUUACAUCAAACGUUGCUGUAAAGGUUUCUGUAUCGACAUCCUGAAGAAAAUCGCCAAGACAGUAAAGUUCACCUAUGACCUCUACCUGGUAACCAAUGGCAAGCACGGCAAGAAGGUUAAUGGCACAUGGAAUGGCAUGGUCGGAGAGGUGGUGUUGAAGAAUGCCCACAUGGCAGUGGGAUCACUCACCAUCAACGAGGAGAGAUCAGAGGUCAUUGACUUCUCUGUGCCGUUCAUUGAGACAGGGAUCAGUGUCAUGGUCUCCCGUAGUAACGGAACUGUGUCUCCUUCUGCCUUUCUAGAGCCCUUCAGUGCUGACGUCUGGGUGAUGAUGUUUGUAAUGCUGCUGAUCGUGUCGGCCGUGGCUGUAUUUGUGUUUGAGUACUUCAGCCCGGUGGGUUACAAUCGCUGUCUGGCAGAUGGACGAGAGCCUGGCGGUCCCUCUUUCACCAUCGGUAAGGCCAUCUGGCUGCUUUGGGGCUUGGUUUUCAACAACUCUGUCCCUGUACAGAAUCCCAAAGGCACCACCAGUAAGAUCAUGGUGUCAGUAUGGGCCUUCUUUGCUGUCAUCUUCCUGGCCUCCUACACUGCUAACCUGGCAGCCUUCAUGAUCCAAGAGGAGUAUGUCGACCAAGUGUCUGGACUGUCAGACAAAAAGUUCCAGAAGCCGAAUGAGUUCUCGCCGCCAUUCCGGUUUGGCACAGUGCCCAAUGGGAGUACAGAACGCAACAUCCGCAACAACUACAGAGACAUGCAUACCUACAUGACCAGCUUCCACCAGAAGAAUGUAGAUGAAGCCUUGUACAGUCUUAAGACUGGCAAACUGGAUGCCUUCAUCUAUGACGCUGCAGUGCUUAACUACAUGGCCGGCAGAGACGAGGGCUGCAAGCUUGUCACAAUCGGGAGUGGGAAAGUGUUUGCCUCCACUGGAUACGGCAUCGCCAUCCAGAAAGACUCCGGCUGGAAACGAGCUGUGGAUCUGGCCAUCCUAAUGCUCUUUGGAGAUGGUGAGAUGGAGGAGCUGGAGGCCUUGUGGUUGACAGGUAUCUGCCACAAUGAGAAGAACGAGGUGAUGAGCAGCCAGCUAGACGUGGACAACAUGGCGGGGGUUUUCUACAUGCUUGGGGCUGCCAUGGUUCUAUCAAUCCUCACCUUCAUCUGUGAACAUUUGUUCUACUGGCAGCUGCGUUUCUGCUUCAUGGGCGUGUGCUCCGGAAAGCCUGGGGUCACCUUCUCCAUUAGCAGAGGUAUCUACAGCUGCAUCCAUGGGGUUCAGAUCGAGGAAAACAAGUCAACCAUGGAUUCACCCUCGUCCACCAUCAAGAAAAACAUGAAUAACACCCACUCCAACAUCCUACGGUUGCUCCGCACUGCAAAGGACAUGACAGCAGUCCCAGGCAUUAACGGUUCUCCACACGCCGCCCUGGAGUACAGCCACAGUGGCCGAGAGUCAGCUGUCUAUGACAUCCAGGAGCACCGGCGCAGUCUGGUGGGCCACCCUGCAGAUUGCAAGUCUGCUCUGCCUUACAUGUCAGAGGACAACAUGUUCAGUGACUACAUCAACGAGGUGGAGAGGACUUUUGGCAAUGUUCCCCUGAAAGACAGCAACCUGUACCAGGACCAUUACCGGCACCACCACCCGGCCUCAGCUCUGGGUAUGUCUGGCCCCCCACCUAAUAGGCCACGUAGCUUAGGCAGCGCUAGCUCUUUGGAGGGGGGCAUGUUUGAUUGCGACAGUUUAGGGGGGGGUAUAGCGCCCAUCUUCACCACCCAGCCCCGGCCCUCCAUGACUCACAGGAAUACCAGUAAAUUUGACCUGAUCGCUGGCCACACCACUGCGGAUUCCAACCAGAGUGGGUUCAAGGGAAUGAAUAUAUACGGCAGGUUUUCUUUCAAAGGAGGUGCAUCCAGCACAGGGAUCAUUGGGGGGCACGACAGGUACUGUGGUGGGGGUGGGGCAGGCUCAGGGGGUGAUGAUGGGAACAUUCGCUCUGAUGUAUCUGAUAUCUCCACGCACACUGUCACCUAUGGCAACUUGGAAGGCAACAACAAGCGGCGUAAGCAGUACAGGGACAGCCUGAAAAAGAGGCCAGCCUCUGCCAAGUGCAGACGUGAGCAGGACGAGAUAGAGCUGAGUGGAUUCAGGAGGAGACCCCACCACCACACCGUCAAUCACCACUUCCCCCACGGGCCGCUGGCACACCGCACAGUCUCACCUCCCCUGGAGCGGAAGAGGGGAGGAGGAGGGGGUAACUCUUCACCUUACUUAUUCCGCAAAGACAAAGAGAACUUGAGGGAUUUCUAUGUGGACCAGUUCUGCUCCAAGGAGGGCAAGGCCAAGCAAGAGGGUGGAAGUGGAGGAAGCGGUGUGGGCGGUGGUAGCGGUGGUGGUAUCUGCAAAAGCAUAGUGCCUGUGGAAGACUUCCUCAAAGGUAAAGGAAAGAAACCAGAGUGUAAAGGUGCACUUGGUGCAGUGUCAGCAGGGCAGCAGGCCCAUACCUGCUGGGAAAAGGGAGUUUCUGGUUUAGGAGGGGGAGGCAUAGCAGGGGGUGACUGGGAGUGUCGUAACUGUCACAGUGUAUGCCACCAUAGUGGAGGUGUAGGAGGAGGCAGCACAUGUCCAGCUAGUGGAGUUGGGGGGAGCAGCAGUCGUCCCAACUCUGCUUCUUGCAAACGCUGUGAAUCUUGUAAGAUACAGUCAAGCAACCUUUACAACAUCAGCGAGGAUAACAAUAUGGUGUUCACUGCAGGGCAGACUAGUAUAGGACCCAGCCAAACACAAACUCAGGCACAGUGCAGAAAGCUUGGUCCAGGCGGGAGGGUGUUACGGAGGCAACACUCAUAUGACACAUUUGUGGACCUGCAGAGGGAGGGAUCAGGUCGCAUGGGAGGAGUUGGCGGGGGAAUUGGGGGGCAAUAUCUCCAGCCCAGAAGUGUGAGCUUGAAAGACAAAGACCGUUUCAUGGAGGGCCCCAGCCCUUAUGCUCACAUGUUUGAGAGGUACGUAGGUGAAAGAGAAUCUCCCAUGUUUGGAGGAAUAGGUGGGGAUAGGACAAAAGGAGGCUCCUCUUUCAGUUUGUUCCGUGGAGGUGAAGGUGGGUUGCAUCGGCGGUCAGUGGGGGAGAGAGACUUGAGGGACAGAGAUAGAGCUUUGACGGGAAGUGGGGGCUGUGGUGGUGGUAGCAGCAGCAGCAGAGGGGUCGGGACUUACUCCUUGUCUAAAUCUCUCUACCCAGAUAAGGUGAACCAGAACCCCUUCAUCCCAACCUUCGGCGACGACCAGUGUCUAUUACACGGUGACAAACCGUACUACAUCAAAAAAACACAGACACAGCAGCAGCAACUUCUCAACAACAACCGUGGAGGAGGGGAUUUCCGUGGCUCCAUGGGAGCAGCUUCCUAUUUGCCUGCAUCUGCCACAGCUGGGGUGAUGUCCAAUGUGGGCCCAAGGUUCCCCAAAGAGCUGUGUCUGGGUGGGGUGAGCGGGCCCAUGGGCAUCCAUCUCGGAGGCAACAAGCUGCUGUCUGGGGGCAGGGACACCUUAGGUUUGGGGCAGGGACAAAGACCCUUCAAUGGUGCCAGCAAUGGACACAUUUAUGAAAAGCUCUCUAGCAUUGAGUCAGAUGUCUGAAAGUGAAGACAGGAAGAAAGAGGGAGAGGGAAGAUAAAGUAGGUGAAGAAAAUGGUUGGAAGAUGAAAUAAGACAGAAAGCACAAGCUGAUGACUUUUCUGCAAGAAGAUAAUGCACAGAUUCAGUGUGUAUUGUCGUCUCUCCUGUAAAUGGAGAGAAUUUAGACAAUGCACAGAGGCCACUUCUGGCUAAGUCCAAUGGGAGUUUCUAAUGAGAACAGAAGAUUCCGGUGCUGCUUUGACACUCAGAGAAAGGUCUAAAGGGAAGGAAAGAGGGAGGGAGGGGAAAGGGUGAAAUAAUUCUCCAGUUUCUGCUCUCUUUACAUGCUCAUUGUCUUUCCCUGCUUUCUGCAGUUCACUAACACCAAAACAAAUGUUUUGUUUAGCAACAGAAAUACAAUCAUGAAUGAGAGAUCAACAGUUCAGUUAAAGUAACAGGGUAACUAAUAAUAAUUGUAAUGAUAAUGUUAAUACUAUUAUUGAAUAUUGAAUAUAUAUAUUGUUUAUAUAUUGUUUUACGCUUUUAUUUAUUUAAAUAGUUCAUGUUACAUAUCUGUAUGAUGUUACUUCCUUCUUAGCUUACCAAUAUUACAGGAGGUUGGUUGACAAGUACAAAACCUUUGGGGGAUUUCCUGUAAUUUGGACUCUUCUUUGCAAUUAAUUCUUCAUGUUUGAUUAUUAUUUUUUUUUAUACUUUUAUUACCUUUCUUACCUUGCUGUGAAGUGUAUGUGAAAGGCAUGAUUUGAUUUGCUAAGUACAUUGUAAGUACUUAGUCAUUAACAAAGGUCUUUUUUCAGCUGCAGAAGCAACAUCAUCAUACUGAUUUGCCGUUUUCCUCAGUUUGUUUCUUGGCAGUACCAAAUGGGUCUCACAUUUUGAGCUGGAUGUGCCUUAAAGAACUGAUACAAAUUUUGUCAUCUGUUGUGGACUGAUCCAGCUGCAAAUAAAUGAUCAAUUGGUUUGAGAGUGAAAGCACAGGUGGACAAGUCUAAAUGAGGAUAGAGUUUUAGCUUGUAAUACAAGCAAAUGAAGCUUAAAUGUUUGCAUUAAUCCCCAACUCAUAAAAGUACACAGUAUUGAACGUACGGCAUAAACUUUUUUUUUUUUUUUUUUAAAAAAAGCCUCCUCUUGAAGUAUUAACUUCACAGUUAAUCUAACUCCAAGCCAUUUCCUUUAAAUAAUUUACAGAGAAUCUCCACAAGCUUCAUCACUUCUCACCUCCAUGUAACAGAUGAGCCAGAGACCAACUUUCAUUAAAUACAGGUAAAUCGCAUUUGACGUCUGCUUGUUGCCCUCUUGGUGUUUAAUUGGGUCAGAUUAAAUUGGCUAUGACAGUUUUGCUGUUCAGGACCAGGAUGUAAUCUAAUACUUAGGAAAAUGUUCAGCUAUUCCUUUAGUUUCAGAGAAUCAACCCGUUUAUACACUCACUACUCACUCACUUCUUACAAUCACCAUUGCUCAAACUCAUAUUUUUCACUAAACAGACCAUGACUAAUAAGUUGAUGAUAUGCUAUAGCCUUGAUUUCUUCCUCCACUGCACCAUAAUCUGUUUCACACACUAAGAUUCUGAUGAUGGGAUGAAGUUGCUCUCAAGUCCAAGGUCUUGUGUGCAGUGUGUGAACUGCAGACUUAAGUGGAGAAAACAAAUGAAGAAGGACAAUGUGUUUAAAUAGCAGGUAUUGUAAAAAGCAAUGCCUUUGCUAUUGAUGGAAAAGGCAGCUCAUAUAUCCACAACAUCAGACGUAAUAUCUGUCUAAAACAUUGAAAAGAUAGAAACGUUAUUCUAUUCUGUUUCAUUUAUAGCUUGCUCUGUAACACACUGAGAUGAUGUAUCUAAAAUGCUGUCACUGCCAACAACACAGAGCAUCCAUUCGUUUCCAGUCACCUAAACUUGACUUUGAGUUGUUUUGCCAAAUUUUAACAUCUAAGCACAAUUUGACUGAAGGGAUCCAAUAUUUACAAUGUUGUUCAUCCCAGACAAAAGACAUUCCUUGUCUAGGUUGACAAGUCAGUAUGUAUGAUGUAGGAGGUUUCUAGUGUUUGUAAGGACUUGCAUGAAUACACUUAUUUUCUGUAUUUUCUGUUUUAAACUUUAACUUUUAGCCCAAAAAUGUGUGUUUUUGAACAAUAUUUGGAAUUUUCACUUUCACUGGUACAUCCAUGUAGUACUGUAAGUGUGUACGCGUGUUUGCUCGUUGCUUGUUUGUGCAAGAGAGGGCACCAACCUCAAGAAUGAAAAUUUUGGUUAUAUGCAGAUGACUAUGCCUAAAUUGAUUCUAAUCUUACAAUUGAAAACAGCUUUUAUCGUUAAUCUUCAUACAAAGAUUGGUUCUAAUGAUUUAGCAGAUGCUCUUUAAUGCGGCUGAAGUCUGAGUUUUACAUUGAUUAUCACGGAAAAAGCCUUUUUUUUUUUUUUUUUGCUUCACUUUCCCCUUAUAAAUAUCUCAGUAUAGUUCAUUGUUUCUGUUAUAGUAUGUGCCUCAAUACAUACGCUUGAUUACCUCUGGGUGUGCUCAUACAGACAGAGUGUGUGUGAGAUAACUGUUAAUUGUACUAUAAAACUGUAUGUAAGUACCUCACACUCAUGGACUUUUCAUAAAGAAAACUGUACAAAAAACAACUAUUUGGGAUAAAUCUCUGAUUCGUACACCCCCUUUGCAAAAUUGCUUUUGUAACAACUGAAGACCAUAUACAAUCAUUUAUUAUUACACAGACAGUGCACACACUUAAUGACUCCAUAUGUUUGUUCAGUUUUUGAUUUUGGUCAGCUGAAAGGGUUGUUUGUCUCAAGAGAGAAAUAGUAAAGCACUGUCAAUAAUCUGUACCAAGAAAGCACAAUAGAUUAUCUAUUGUAUUAGAUAACCUCUCUCUUUUUUUUCCUCCUGCCCCCUUUGGAGAAAAUCUUGAGUUUUUUUGUGUUUUGCUGCAUAACAUUGAAUAACUCCAUCCCUGAGCUGUACAGAUUGUGAAAAUGUAUAUACAAACAAAAAUCUACUUCACCCUUGCAUUUUUUGUAUGGAGAGAAAUUACUUGUGUGAAGAAAAUAUUUCAAUUUUGAAUAUUUAAUAAUAUUGAAAAUGAGAUUAAACACAGUCAAUGUGAAAUUAAGUGAUGAGAAAUAUUAUUCUUCUGUCUCUUUGGAAUAAAAGUGUUGAGUAUUAAUAAAAAAUAAGAAAUUUCA